GCGGCACAGUGCGGUAGUGUUUCCUGUUGCCUCUCAGAUGUGUCGUUCCUUUCGUUGUCACGGACGUAUUUAGCAUAAAAUAUGAACGUGAUCGCGAAAUCAACAACUCUCUCGCCGUUCUUGCGGGUGACGGCGACUGCCGUCUCAAAUGGAGGGAUACCUGUGACCGCGACUGUUAAAGUUUCCAAACCGAAGAUUACCGUUCCCGAAUCUUUCAGGCGGAGACUCCAACAGACUACCUAUCAGGAUUUUCUUACCGGAUCUACGUGCAUAAGCUCGGGAGUCGCAGUCAGCACGCAGGUACAUCAGCGACGUUUGGCACACACCGACAUUCAGUGGCCAGAUUUCACCGAAUAUCGCCAAUCUGAAACACAAGAUCCAAAUGCAAAAUCACGAGACAGUGCGCCAUCCCGAAAGGGUACCACCUACCUUAUCGCAGCUGGUAGUUCUGUGGCAGGAGUUUAUGGCGCAAAAGUAUUAGUGCACAACCUCGUUGGCAUGCUCAGCCCAACGGCUGAUGUACUUGCCAUGUCGAAAAUCGAGAUAAAGCUCGAUAAUAUUCCUGAGGGCAAGAGUGCUAUCUUCAAAUGGCGUGGAAAGCCUCUGUUUGUACGACACAGAAUUGACUCAGAAAUCGCAACGGAAAAUAAAGUGAAUGUUGGGAGUCUCCGCGAUCCGGAAGAGGACAGCGCUCGCGUGAAGGAUCCCAAGUGGUUGGUCAUUAUAGGUGUUUGCACGCACUUGGGAUGUGUACCCAUCGCUAAUGCGGGAGAUUUCGGCGGUUACUAUUGCCCAUGCCACGGGUCUCACUACGACGCCAGCGGUAGAAUUCGAAAAGGACCGGCCCCGCUAAACCUCGAAGUACCACCCUAUGAGUUUACCGAGGGUGGUUCAAUGCUCGUUGUUGGUUAAUGACUAUUUGCGUUAUCUGUAGUCAAAUAAUAAAAUAAUUUAUAAUAUAGAACA